AUGGCUCCCGCCUCCACCACCUCCCAGCAACCCAGCAACAAGGCCAAGAAGCAGACAUCUCAAGCUUCCAACACCUUCAAGCCUGAUCCUGAGAGCCCCACGUCAGAUGUGAAUGGGAAUGAGCCCACCUACUUGAAAGAACUGCAAAAGAGCCUGCGCAACGCGGCGAAGAAGCUGAAUGCUACUGCGAAAAUCGAUGCCAUCAUCGCCGAGCACAAGGGCAAAUCACUUGACGACCUUGUGGAGGAGAAGAAGAUCAAUGCCGACCAGAAGGCCCAGGCUCUGAAGAAGCCAGCGCUGCAGGCAGCUGUUGCUCAGAUCGAGGAACAGAUUGGCCACUUCAAGCAGUUUGCGGCCCAAUACGAGGCGCGGCUGGAGAGUCAGAAGGCUGACCUGAUGAAGGCUCACCAGGAGGAGCUGGAGGCAGUGCGUGGCAAUGCUAUUGCCGAUGCGACGGAGACUUCUUCGCGAAUUCUCCGGGAGCAAUUGCUCACCCUGAGCAAGUUCCUGUGCGCCGCCGCCAAUGUGCGCCGUGCGGGCGAUGCCGAGUCUCUUGAAAGCCGUGCUUUUGAGGGUGUGCUAUUCCAGGUUUACGGUGGUAACAAGGAGGCAGUCGAUUCCAUGGUGAAGCUAAUUGACGGUGCGGACGAAAAGGUGGUGGGCGUUGAGGGUGACACGCUGGAUCUGAGCUAUGGCGAUGUGAAAGUGGCGUCCAGCAAGUUUGCGCCUAUGGCGGAAGCCUCCAAUGUCACCACCGAAGCCGACCCGGUGUCCGACCCAACUCUGGCCAACGCUGGCCUGACCGAGCUUCAGGAUACUUCUGUAGGCGCUGAGGUGGCUGCGUCCCAGGCUGCGGCUAGUGCGACACCCCAGGCCGACCAGAUUGCGCCACCCUCGCAGACCUUGAUUUCCGAUGCUGCGAACCAGGUGGCUAAUGCGACCUAUAACCCGACUUCCAUGGACUCGUCGGCCACCACCGACGGCUGGGUGGAGGUUCCUCGUGACCCUGCUGAAACCGACACCGGCCUCCAAGCCACUCCUGCCAAUGCUGAUUCCGACGUGAGCAACACCACUCCUGUCGCGGAAGGUGCUGGAGCCAAGGGACAUAAUGGUGGCCGUGGCGGCCGUGGUCCCCGCCGUCCCCGUGGCGGCGAAGGCUCUCCCGGCUUCACCUAUACCGGACACGCUGUCGCCCUCACUGCCAUUCUCUAUUGCCGCUGGUCUGGUGUUAUGGAUCACGAACGCAACGAAUUUUCUUUCCUGGAGUGA